AUGCCCCAACCCACCCCACCACUACUUACAUUGCCGACAGAGCUCCUCAUAAACAUCUUUAUUCUCUCAUCCAAUCCGGCACUCGCACUCACCUGCCGCACUCUAAACUUCACCCUCGCUCCCCUCUCAAAGUCAAACUCAACCAGGACACGGUUCUUACUCACCCGCUACAGACACAACUAUGUCAAGGCCGUCGUCAAGGGUCUCCGCUGGGCCUUCUUCGACAUUGAUGUCCUGAACGCACUGGAUUAUAUAUAUUCAAGAGAGAGGGACCGUAACCGUAUUGGGGACGAAGCUACUGCUUGGCAAGAGGUGCUAUGGCGCCCACACCCCUCAACAACCGUCGGAUCAUCAGCACAAUUUCAUGCCUGGGAAACUACAGCAACAGUAACAGCAAGUCCGACCAAUCAGCUCGCGGAUGAUGUCUCGGUAGGUUCGUCAAGGGCGACAACACCAACAUCUACACCCGGCAAACGGUCGCAACUUGCAGAUACGGAGGAUUCGUCGAGCAAGAAGAGGCGGAGGAAAUACCCUCUGCCACUCUCCUCGACACCAAGGAAUCCCCUACCGGCCGAUCUAUCUGUCAACAGCACUGUGGGAGGAGAAGGAGGAGGUGCAUCAGAUCAGCAGGACAGUUUGAUCCCACUGCCCAAGGAUUUUCCGAUCCCACGGCGACUGUUCAAGUCCCACGAAUACAUUCCUCUUCUUCGCGUCUUGCUCUCUCGAGGUGGAUCACCAUCACAUACAUCUCACUAUCCUUUGGUCCGGGCAUCCCAGCGAGGCGAUGUCGAGAUGGUCAAGAUGUUACUUUCGUACGGGGCACCGGCAGAGAUGAAGGCCUUGCGGUGGGCCUGUGUCGAGGAGCAUAACGAGAUUGUGGAUGUGUUUCUGGAGUAUGGAGUCAAGCCGGACGAUCAGUGCCUUAGCUGGUGUGUUGAGAAGGACAAGACGAGGAUGGUUGACCGUCUCCUCAAGAUGGGGGUUGUGCCCAAUCUGAAGACCUAUCCGGCGUACGCGUCGUACAAGGCGAUUAACACCCGUGACAACAACCGAUUGACGGCUUGGCUCAUGUACUGGUCCGUCAUGGGCAUGUUCUCCGUCGUCGAGUUUGUCCUCGACAUCUUUGUCUUUUGGUUCCCAUUCUAUUACGAGAUCAAGAUGUUGUUUGUCCUUUGGAUGGUCCUUCCCCAAACACAGGGUUCUAUCUACAUCUACCAAGCGAUUGUCGAGCCAUAUCUUAUGAAGCACGAAAAGGAGAUCGACCUGACGCUCAAGGAUAUGCAUAAUAAGGCUAUGGUGAUGGGCAUGCAGUACCUCAAGCAGGCGAUUCAGACACUCCAGAACUUGGCACUCGAUAUGUACAAGAAGUCACAAGCACCAGCCAGCAUGUCGUCGCUCUCUGCUGCUGGAGUAGACCAACAAUCUGCAGACCAAUCUGCGCCUCCACCAAGCUAUACGCCUACAGCAACACGCGACUCUACAGAAGGAUCGAACUUACGUCAACCAAAACAAGGAGUGUUCUCAUGGGCAUUUGCAGUUGUGUCACCCAAGCUGGUUGCUGUGGCUACUAUGGCCACCAACACUGUCGGUCGCAACAUCCCCUCGCGCCCCUUACCUCAACCACCUGUCAACCUCUACAGCGAAAGAACGCAGUCUACAGGAUCGACCUCGUCUCGCGAUUCUUCCAUUUCGGGCAAUGGCGUCGACAAUAUCCUUGGUAUUAUUGGCGCAGUUGCAGCAUCGGCAUCAAAGAAUUCGAAUUCGCCUUCUGCUGAAAAGACAGAAUUGGACCAGCUGACGUCGCGACUGAACAGGGCUGCAAAUUCGACUGGUAUUGACUCGCCCGGAGGAGGACAGACUCUGCGUAGCCGUAAGAUCAACCUAUAUGAGGACGGGCCCUCGGAGGACGAUGCUUCGUCUACCACGACCAGACAGCAUACUGCCGAGAACAGCUGGAGUGGUUAUUCGGGCUUUGGGCGUACUUCUGUCAGCAACGACCAGUAA